AUGUCUGGCGAUGACAGGAUGUUAUGGACACUGGGAGGAAAUCUCACGGAGUUUACUGAAAACCUAGAUGCCCUCCAGAGUUACCCGGCGCUCUCUUAUCAGGAGAUGAAUGCACCAUCAUUUUGUGUGGAGAGAGGAGCAGAUGGGAAGAUGCUUCUCCAUUACUACUCUGAUAGAAGUGGUCUGUGCCACAUUGUACCAGGUAUCAUUGAGGCUGUGGCCAAAGACUUGUUUGACAUUGACGUGACCGUGGAUAUCCUUGACGUGAAUCAAGAGGAGAGGACAGGGAAGAAGGAGCAUGUUGUGUUUCUGAUCGUGCAGAAGUCGCACAGACAGACGAGCAGGGCAAAGCCAAAGGGAUCAAAAGACACUCAGGACAGCCAGAGAGACCAAGAGGCCCUGGAGGCAGCUUUCUUUAGGAUGAAAGAGAAAUAUUUGAGUGUCUGUCCCGUGAAAAAGUCCAGCUGGGAAGUUGUGAGAAGCAUAGUCAUGUUUGGAAAAGGGCAUCUCAGGGACACCUUUGAACCAAUUUAUCCCGAGUGGCUCUGGAUUGAAGAGAAGACAUUCUGCAAUGCUUGUCCCUUCCAUGUGGUAUUUGAUGAAUCACUGCGGGUCAAACAAGCUGGAGUGAACAUUCAGAAGUAUGUCCCAGGACUCCAAACCCAGAUGAUUCGAUUAGAUGAGUACUUCUCCAUCGUCCAUCCCCAGGUUACCUUCAAUCUUUUCAGCAUCUGCAAAUUUAUCAAAUUUGUCCUGAAGACGCAAAGGGAGAUGAUGCCUGCAAAAACAUGGGGGUACAUGGCGAAGUGGUGUCUUUUGAGACUGGGCAGGUAUACCUCUGGAGAAUUUAAAACCUGCACAAUCCUCUUCAGCGACGUGGUGACAUUUACGAACAUCUGUGCUGCCUGUGAACCUAUCCAGAUAGUGAAUAUGCUGAAUUUAAUGUACUCCAAGUUCGAUAGGUUAACCAGUGUCCACGAUGUCUACAAAGUGGAAACAAUAGGAGAUGCUUAUAUGGUGGUAGGGGGUGUACCAGUGCCUAUUGGAAGCCAUGCUCAAAGAAUAGCUAACUUUGCCUUGGGGAUGAGAAUUUCUGCAAAAGAAGUAAUGAACCCUGGUACUGGAGAACCCAUCCAGGUCAGAGUGGGCAUCCCUACGGCAUCAGUCUUGGCAGGUGUCAUGGGGGACAAGAUGCCGCGGUACUGCUUGUUUGGUGACACUGUGAAUACAGUCUGUAGGAUGGAAAGUCACGGGGUUCCCAACAAAGUGCAUCUUAGCCCCACGGCCUACACAGCCCUGGAUAAUCAAGGUUUUGAAAUAAUUGAGAGGGGUGAAAUUGAAGUGAAAGGGAAAGGGAAAAUGACCACAUACCUUCUGAUCCGGAACUUGAAUGCCUCAGAGGAUGAGAUCAUGGGGAGACCUCAAACUCGGCUUGAUCCUGAGGGUAAGCAAAAAAGAUAA